AUGUCCGAGGUCAAGCUCUCUGGUUCAGCUUCGCAAUUGUCUCAUGAAGAGAUAGAUGUUGAAAAGCAUGACGAGAUUCAUAUACCUGGACUUCAUGUCCACCAUGUACACAAGAUUGGAGGGGAGAUUAAGGAUGCGGAGGUAAAGGAGGCGAGGAACGCUGCAUUUGCUGCUGCUGUUGCUGCUGGCAGUACGAAUCCGCUUAGCAAGGCAGCAUUCGUCAUUUACACUUGUGCGGCAGCGGCUUUCAUGUGCUCGUGCGGAAAUGGAUAUGAUGGAUCACUCAUGACCGCUAUUAAUGGGAUGACUCCUUAUCAAAAUCGCUUCAAUCAAGGACAUCUCAACGUUUCGACCGGUAUAAUCUUCUCGAUUUACACAAUUGGUCAAAUGGCAGGGUCACUCUUUGCUGGACAGAUAUGUGACCGAUUCGGACGAAGAGCUGGGAUGUUCGUCGGUUGUCUAACGAUUAUGGCUGGUUCUGCUAUCAUUUCUUCAUCAAUGGAACGUGGGCAGUUUAUUGCUGGAAGGUUUAUUCUUGGGAUGGGUAUUGCAGUUGCAACGAUAGGUGCUCCGACCUAUACGGUGGAAAUAGCUCCGCCGCAUUGGAGAGGACGACUUACAUCUCUUUACAAUACAGGCUGGAACGGUGGAGCGAUCCCCGCUGCUGCAAUCACCCUUGGGACGUCAAACAUCACUAGUGAUUGGUCAUGGAGAAUCCCGCUUAUCCUUCAAGCAUUUCCCGCGACGUUGGUAGUUCUCACAGUCUGGUUCCUCCCCGAGAGCCCCAGGUGGUAUUACAUGCACGGCCAGGAAGAGAAGGCAUUCGAAUUUCUGAGAAAAUACCACGGGAAUGGAGAUAUUAAUAACCCAAUCGUUCUACUUGAGAUUGAAGAGUUCAAGAACAACAUCCAGUUGAAUGGGUCUGACAAGCGUUGGUGGGAUUUCAAGGCGCUUAUCAAGAACCAUAAUGCAAGAUGGCGUAUGCUCAUGGUCUUCCUAAUGGGCUUUUUCGGACAGAUGUCAGGGAAUGGUUUGGGAUACUUCAACCUCUCGAUUUACCAAGCAUUGGGCUUUGACAAGCAAAUGCAGUUCAACAUGAAUCUGAUUGGGACAUGCUGUAACGCUCUAGUCGCAUGGGUUGCAGUAUCUCUUGAGGACCGCAUGCCCCGCCGCAAGGUGCUGGUAUGGGGAACUUUAGGCUGCUCUUUGAUGCUAGCUGCGAAUGCUGGAUUCUCUGCAGCAUGGGCCAACUACGAGGAAGGUCAUCAAAACCUUGAUGUUGGACGUGCUGGAGCGGCAUUCUUCUUCUUAUUUGGUGUUGUUUACGCUUUUACGUAUACACCUCUCCAAUCCCUCUAUCCAGCUGAAUGUCUCGAAAACACGACACGCGCAAAAGGCGUCUCCGUGAAGAUCUUCAUCAUCUCCUGCACAUCCUUCAUCAACCUCUUCUGCACGCCGAUCGCGUACGGCCGUAUCGGCUGGAAAUACAUUCUAGUAUUCGUAUUCUGGGACGCAUUUGAGACGGUGAUUUGGUAUUUCUUCUGCGUAGAGACUGUUGGGUUCACCCUGGAAGAGUUGGAUGAGAUAUUCUCGGCGCCGAACCCGAUCAAGGCAUCUACGCAGAAAAAGAAGAUUGUCGUCAAGAAAACAGGUGAUGUGUUUGUUGUUGAUUAA